GCGUUAUUUCUUAGUGUGGAGGCGGAGGGGCGGAGCAACGGUAGCGCUUUGUCUUAGCUCAUCCGUCGCUGCUCAUCUUAGUAGAGAUGGACGAAGCAACAUAAGCGAUUCACCUUUGUCGAUCCGACGGGCGUUAAUCGUUUUGCAAGCUUCAACUCGAGUGAUCGGCUCCUUAAUUUUGAAUUCAUCUUUUCUAACUUCCCACUUCGGAACUGCGUUGUUCCUUAACCGCCGGACACCCUCUAACGCGCUUUGUCUUUUUGGUGAGAUUAAAGGAAGAAGCAACAGGAACAGUUCAUCUUUCCUCAUCCGUCGCUAUUCGUCUCGCAAGUUCCAACUCGAUUGAUCAGAACCUCAAUUCUGAUUUUAUCUUAUCUAACUUCCCAAGUUUCCCGUAAUUCCUUAAAAUUGAACUCAGAUUUCGGUGUUAUCUAUCCCUCGUUUUUCCUUUCUUUUCCUUUUCCUUCUUUUUAGAUACUCAGUAGGUUAGGAUUCUUGUGUGAAGUAAUCUUGUUAGAGUCUCAAGGGCAUUUAAUUUUAUUUCCGAGUACUUUCUGAUGGUGGGUAGAGUUGGGUUAAAGAAUUAUUCAUUUAGUUUUUGAUUUCUUGAAUGCACACAAACACAGAGAGAGAGAGAGAGAGAGAGAGAGAAUCUUAAGACUAUAUUUUCUUUUUAAUUGAGAGGUGAUUUAACUUUUUCUGAUUGACUCAUCUCUGCUUACUAUUCUUGAAUUUAACUAUUCUCCCAGGUACUGCAAAUUUCUGGUCUUAAACUAUCCAGGUCGGGUGCUGUUAGCUAUCAGCUGAAAAAUUGUCUGGCUGAUUAAAAAUGUGAACUUGAGAUCUUGAAUCCAAAUUCCAUUCUUAAAUUUUUUUUUUUGAUAGGUAAACAAAACUUUAUUACUCAAAGAAUAGGCCUAGUCCAGUAUAUGCAAGAACAGCCCUAAUUAAGCGGGCGCAAAGAGAGACAUUCCAUUCUUAAAAAUUAGAGGAAAUUAUUGUUUCAUUUUUGGGUUUUUUUGCUUUUCUUUUCUCUGUUACAUCCGAUAUCCAAAUGGACAGAGUCCAUGGAUUCCACAUGCUUCUCGUUAUUGAACUUUGAGGUUUACUUGCUUGCUGAAAUUAAAAGAAAAUAUUUUCCCAGUUUUACAAUACUCUUCUUCUUCUAUCAUCAUCAUCAUCAUCAUGAUUAUUUUUAUUUUCUGAAUUGUAAUUGGCAACUUGCUACUUGGGUGUUUGUCCACCCGAUCUAAUUAGUUAUUUUCUUUGCCAGAUUGACGAACCUUCUUUUGCAAUCUACACUCCGAGAUUUUGGUCGGAAUUUUGUUUCCCAUCCUUUUGGAUUGUCUUACAAUGUCUUCUCCAGCGGUUGCCUCUCGUGGAGAUUUAAAAUCAAAUUGUACUGUUGAGGAGCUCUUUCUGUCUUUCGAGAAAAUGAUCUCUGGAUCCCAGUUCCCAAGCAAUGUGUUGCCUGAUGUAAAUCCUUUCCUGUACAGGCCCUCAAAUCUACCUGUUGGCUUUUGGCUUUUCUUCUGCUCUGAGGAGAUCAAUGACAAACUUGGGUUCUGGAAGACCAAAGAGCAUGCUUGUGAAAUUUUCUCAAACUCCAUCAUUACUGGUUUGAGAACUACUCUCGAAUUUUAUGAAGGCCAAGCUCCUCAUGGGUGUAAAACUGAUUGGCUGAUGCAUAAGUACAGGAUAUUGCAGAGAGAACCAUGUGAAGGCAGUGAGGCAAAGGAAGCAAGCUUCCUAUGCAGAGUCUUCCUUGGUGGUGAGCAAAGCCCAAACCAUGAAAUGGAACAGAAACUGGCUAGCACUGGUAUUCAAAGUGAAAAUUAUGUUCACCCUGCUAAAUCAGUUGCUGCUGAAAGUAGUAUUGGACAAAGUUCCACAAACAAACCUCAGGUAGUUGAGGAUGACAGCACGAGCAGAUUGGCUUUGGCAGAGAGAUUUCCAGAGCCUUGGCAAGAAAAUCUGCCUGAAGUAGGUUACCUUUCUGAAGGUGAUUACAUGGAAUUAUUGGAUCUUGAUAAUCCAGCAUCACCUUCUUCAAGUUCAGAAAAUUCCAGUUGCGUGACCAUGUCAUCAGGUGAAUGUUUUGAUUCAUUGGCUUUGUUGCAAGACCUUGGAGAUAGCCAGAAGGAUGUAGGUUUGAAAUUCGCUGUCUCUUCAUCACUCAGACCAGAAGAGGGCAUCGUGUUUCCACCCAGUUCAGGAUCUCUUGUUACUGGUGGAAGAAACAUGUUGGCACCUGAAGAAAUCCUCAAUACUGAUUGUUUUAGUCCUGAAUCAGCAGCAUGCAAUCAAGUCAUAGAUAACAUUUUCAAUCAUACCGGAAAAAAUCAGAAGACAAAUUUUGGGAAUGAAGGUCCAUCAUCAAAUUCUCGCGAUGUGGCCGCAUCACUGAAUUGCAAUAUAGAAGCUCCAGAAGGGGAAAACAGGGCUGCUGUUGACAGAAAGAGAAAUUUUAUGAAGUAUCUGUGCUUUAUGGCAUUCUAGAUCUUCCUAGAGGCAAUACAGAUAGCAUUUGUGUAUAACCCAUUUCAGCAGGAGGUAAAUGGAUCGAGAUUCCCUCAAGUUCUGGCCUCAAGUGAGGGAGAGAACUUUAGGGAAUCUUUUUCCGAAGUAAAUUUAUGUAUUUUUUAGCAGUAUGUCCAACAUCAGCAAGGUCAUUGGCCAGGAAGUCUAUUCUAGCAAGGUUGUGGCAACUAUGUAUACCAGGUUAGAGCAAAGGUAUACAGAUUUAGGUGGCAUUUUAUACUGAGGCAGGAAUAGGAGACUAAUUUUAAGGAAAACCAAAGGUAGGAAACUGGUUUUCUCAUCCUAUCUUCUAGGAGAAGAAUGGAGCUCUUUCUGCCGGUUCUUGUUUGUUGUGAGCUACUUGUAUUUCUUCCGAACUUGUGUAUUUUUCUUCUUUUCUUUUGGACGAAUGCUUUUGUAGUACUUGAUUAUUGCUCUAUUAAGCAGUGGAUAAAAACUUCUUGUGCA